CUUCGGACAGAGGGUGAACCAAAAUGUGGCCGUUCAGUAGCUCCUGUCGAAGCAAGGCGCGGUUGACUGGAAAAACUGUUAUAAUAACAGGGGCUAACACAGGCAUUGGAAAAGAAACGGCGAGGGAUCUUUACUGGCGAGGUGCUAAAGUCAUCUUGGCCUGCAGAAACGUUGACAAGGCCAACGCCGCUGUGGAGGAACUUAAAGCCGUCCCACCUUCCGAUCCAAAACGAGAACAAUUCAUUGGCGGGCCCGGUGAACUCGUUGUCUGCAAAUUGGAUCUGACUAGUUUGGCCAGUGUCAGAGAGUUCGCGAGACGCGUAUACGAGACGGAGUUGGUCGUCGACGUCCUCAUCAACAACGCUGGGGUUAUGAUGUGCCCGAAAGGGGUCACGGAGGAUGGCUUUGAGAUACAAUUCGGCACCAAUCACCUCGGCCACUUCCUAUUGACGCUGUUACUCCUGCCAUUGAUGGUUCCCGAUCGGAAAGACUCUGAUAACCGUUCUAGGAUAAUCAACGUUUCGUCCGCGGCUCAUGCGCGAGGUCAACUCGACUUCGAAGAUCUAAUGUCGGAGAAGUCUUACGCCCCCUUCAAAGCCUACUGCCAAAGCAAGUUGGCCAAUGUGUUGUUCACGCGAGAAUUGACUCGUCGAUUGAGAGAGACGGACAUCACCGGUGUCAAUGUCUACGCUCUCCAUCCAGGAGUCAUCGACUCUGAAUUAGCCCGCCAUUUUCAGCAAACCAUCUCCCGAGGUUUGAGAUUAGUUUUCGGAUUCUUCCGGACGUUCAUUAAAUCUGUUGAACAGGGUGCGCAGACGACCAUUCAUUGCGCCGUUGACGAAGCUGCAGCCGAGCAGACGGGACUUUAUUACUCAGAGUGUGCGGUACACCAGCCUUCACCCGGCGCAUUGGACUAUGAAAAGGCCGCCAUACUUUGGAAAGAAAGUGUAAAGUUCGUUGGACUUCCUAGCGAGAAUCUGGUGGAAAUAAUGGAGCAUGUUACCAAGGAAUUUCGUUCUCCCGGUACCGUCGAUGAAACCGAUAAACUCUCACAGGAACCUUGCACUUCGGAAUGAACAACUUGCAUCACGUUAGAUUAGUUUUGUACCGAUCAUUUUUAUUAUAAUAUCACCUUUGCAUAAUAUCCACCAAUAAAAUAUUUUCUUAUUUCCUGUAAUUGAUUUUGAUACUUCAGUUCCGUUUCCAAUCAUCUAUGUUAAUAUAGCCCUCGAAGAUUUUUAGACGGUCCCACUAUAAUCGUUUACGGUAUUUAUAGUCGAAGAACGUGACAAAAUUUUGUAAUUCCGUUGUGUAACGUGGAGUAACGAUAAUGAAGUAGAAAGUUAGCCAUGGCUGAUAUCAGAUUGUCCCAAAGUUUAGACACUGUGCGUAGAUAAUAAGUCAAGUAAAUCGACGUCGAUAUUACACCGGAAAAACACAGUAAAUGUAAUCUUACUUUAAUUUUAGUCUUGGUGUUGUCGAUCAGAUCUUCACUUUGCAGUCGCGCACUCAUUGUGUUUUUGAAGAAGUUUUGAUCGUUUUCGAAUUUUGCUGAGGUCAGCUUUGACGAACAACUCUAACCGAUCAGCAUAAACGAUUAAUUGUGACGUUGCAAAGCCAAUUCUAAGUAAGCCAAGAAUAAAUGAUAAGUACGACU